AUGUGUCCUUUAAGGUUCAUCUUGGUGUUCUUCUCUGCUGUUCUGGCUGGUUACUAUGCAUGGAAAACGGUUUUUUCUUCACCAAAGAUUGAUUUGGCUUCUGAUGAUUCAAUUGAAGAAGAAAAUUCAUCUUUCAAGAAAGAACAAUUUGGUUUCAAAAAGAUGAUUCAAAAUGGAUUUUGGGUUUUUGUUGACAUGGCUAGUGGAAAGUAUUUGUGGAGAAAUUUGAGGCAAACAAACAAGGAUAUUGAAUUGAAGAGCUCCUAG